AUGUUCGACCCUCGCUCCGACAAAAAUCAAGAAGAGUACAUCUAUGUGUUCCUCAAAACUUGGGACGCCAUUCCCGCGGCGACCAAAUCGAUCAAGCUCACCGACCGUCUUCAUUCCAUCACCAUCGACAUAAUGAACCUUGACACCAAGUGCACUCCCUCUGGCGCCUCGACCGCGAUUCUAGGAGGCAACAAAGGGCGAAAGUCCAGGCAGGAAAGCAAAGACUUUAGCGUUGCCUCUAUUCGUUCCUCGACUACCACCUUCGAAAAUUCGGAGUUCGCGAAGCGUCUUUCGAAACUUAUUGUCCCUUCUCCUCCAGCCGGGAGGACCUCACACGUCCGCCACGUUUCUCUGGCAAUAACUGCGGAGCAACUCUUAAAAUCUACUGCGGACAAGCGGUCCACUGGCAGUGCCAAUAAUAUACCACCAUUCUCGUGGAUCGCCUACUUCUUCUCCCAGGUCCCCACCGGGUUGGCUACCCACAUCGAAGAGGUCUCUGUCGACAUCCAUCUCGAGAAUCCCCAUGGACCACCGGAAAUUUCGUCCUCUAUCCUGGACGCGGGGACGCGUCUUGAGCUCUCAGCCUCAAUUCUAGACGCCAUUAUGCAUGAUACCGAGUGUCGCGGUCUGUGGCGCGCCUGGGAUGCCGAGCUCGCGCUGGCAAAUACUGCGGGAAGGUGGAAGAAGCUAAACUUGGUAAAGAUUACCAUUUGUGGAUUACCUACCGAAGCUGUCGUCUCAAACGUGAAGGCAAGGUGCGACAUGUCGCUUAGGGGAGGGUCCCUGCUCCCUAUGUUGAUUGAACGCGGAGUGGUGGAUGUCGAUUAUCUUCAUGACUGA